UCGAACGUGAAGGAUCAAGCGAGCUUUUGCCUCCGAUCGUCGGGCAAAAUAACAAAAAAAAUAAUUUUUGAAAUAAAAUAAAAGAUACAUGUUUCAAAUAAAAUUAAAGAAAUAUUAAAAACAUUUUUUUGUUUAAAUUAUAAUUAGAGUAAAUAAAAAAAUCUUUUUGAGUUCUUGAAUCAUAAACACAUUUAGAUAAAUAUCACAACAAUUGAGGUCAUGAGCCAUGAUUUUUAUCUACAUAAAUCUAUAAACUUCUUGAAACCGAACCCGGAAAUAAAAAAUAAAAUAACAAAACGUUCAAGUGCUUUAAUUUCUGAAUCAUUUAUCUUGUUGAUUGAACUGAAGCGGCGGUUGCUUUAAUAUAAAGUGACAUAUAAAGGGAGUAAAAAAACCCAGGAAAUAUCAAAGAAUAAAAAAUAAAAAUAUGCCAAACUAGUUAAAAGUAUAGUGGAAUAUUCCUUGAGUAACACACAGCGCUAAAGAACUAAAAUCGACAUUACCAAAUCCAGUUUCGAUCAGAUUAUAGUUGCACGUGAAGUUUAGUCAUCGAUUCCUUUAAGACACAACAAUUUACACUUGUCGACUGAAGAUUCGUAAUAAAAAGAAAAGCAAGAAACGAGAAAAAAAAUGAUAUUUCAUAGCUCAACGCUGCACAACCGAAUUUGUUAUGUUUCAGCUUCAUGCGUUUUAUUCAUUGUUUUUGUUUUUUUCUGUGCACAUCUCGCAAAUGCAACAGAAACUGGUAAAGCAACAACAGUCAACACACAACGGGAAUAUGACGACAACGAAAAGUACGCACAGAAGUCGGAACAGCUAAAACGAGAAAGCACAAAACCAAAUAUUGUUAUCAUCCUUAUUGACGAUAUGGGUUUUAACGAUGUAAGUUUUCACGGAUCCAAUCAAAUUCUAACGCCCAACAUAGAUGCACUUGCAUACAAUGGAAUUUUACUUAAUCGACACUAUGUGCCAAAUUUAUGCACACCAUCACGUGCAUCUUUACUCACGGGCAAAUAUCCAAUCCACACAGGAACUCAACACUCUGUCAUCAUUAAUGAUGAACCUUGGGGUUUACCAUUAAAUGAAACGCUGAUGCCGGAAAUAUUCCGCAAUGCGGGUUACUCUACGAAUUUGGUUGGCAAGUGGCAUUUGGGUUUCUGGAAAAAGGAAUUUACGCCUACAAUGCGUGGUUUUGAUCAUCACUUCGGCUAUUAUUCAGGUUAUAUUGAUUACUAUGAUCACACACUACAUAUGUUGGAUCGUAAUUAUUCAAUAGGUUUGGAUUUCCGUCGUAAUUUGAAACCUUCACGAGAUUUAAAUGGUGUUUAUGCCACUGAUGCCUUCACAAAGGAAGCUGUGCGAGUUAUCAAAGAGCAUAAUACGAAAAAACCAUUAUUUUUGGUAAUGAGUCAUUUAGCGGUGCACACAGGCAAUGAAGAUAAUCCGAUGCAAGCACCGGAUGAGGAAGUUGAAAAAUUUAUUCACAUUUCUGAUAAAAAACGACGAACUUAUGCAGGUAUGAUUUCAUCACUUGACAACAGUGUAGCAAAAACAAUGAAAGCUUUAUCGGAGAAGGGUAUUCUCAACAACACCAUCGUGCUGAUUUAUUCUGAUAACGGUGCACCAACUGUGGGUAUACAUUCAAAUGGAGGUUCGAACUAUCCAUUCAGAGGGCAAAAGGAAUCACCUUGGGAAGGUGGUGUUCGAUCUGCAGCUGCACUUUACAGUCCACUUUUGAAGCAAACCAGUUAUGUUUCUAAUCAACUCGUACAUGCUAUUGAUUGGCUACCAACUUUAGCUACUGCAGCUGGUAUCAAGUUACCGCAAAGCCUAAAAUUGGACGGCUUAGAUAUGUGGAAUGCUCUCAAUCUGCGUGAAGAACCCCAACCACGUGCUUUCCUUCAUGUUUUAGAUGAUAUUUACGGAUACAGUUCAUAUAUGCGAGAUGGUUAUAAGUAUAUAAAUGGUAGUAGCUUUAAUGGUGCUUACGAUGGCUGGUUAGGUGAUAUUGCAUUCGAUGAAGAAGACCCAUCAGCACCAUACUAUGUACAAGAAGUAUUAUCGUCUGAAGUACAAGAUAUUAUUGGUGGAAGAAAUCUUACGAUAGCACAUAUUGAAGCUAUGCGUUCUCAGGCAACUCAUCGGUGUCCACAGCGAAGUGAAGAUUUUAACCAAACUCUAUAUCGUUGUGAACCACUUAAAGCGCCUUGUCUAUUUAAUAUUGAUAAUGAUCCUUGUGAACGUUAUAAUUUAGCUCAGCUUGAACCAGAAAAGUUACAAGAAUUAGCAGAUGACAUUGAGGCAUAUCGUCUCACAGCAGUACCCAGUGCACGCAGAGCGAUUAGAGAUGUACGUUGUAACCCCGCAAAUUUCAAUGGCACUUGGGAAUGGUGGGGUAAUACUGGUAAUACAGGAACUAGUUUAAGUACUUUUGUGAUAAUGAUUAAUUUAUUUUUAAGU